AUGUCCAAGAAACCACCCAGGAAGGACUGUGAAGGAAAUCUGGUAACUUGUAGGAUCUGUAGCAAGUUAGGCCAUAGAGAAUAUGAGUGCUUCCAGAAAGACUCAACAUCAGCAAAUCCUAAGCCGACCCAGAAUCAGGGAGGUAAUGGGAACAAAGGACUCCAACAGCAAUCAGUGACCCAUAAUCGUGUUCCUCCUAAGAAUGGGAACGGAGGAGACAAUCAGGCUAAGACAAAUAAUCAAGGUCGAGUGUUUGUCAUGAGCAAUCGUGAGGCUGAAACGACUGCAGGCGUAGUGACUGGAGCUUCUCACUCUUUUAUUUCCAAAACCUUAGUGGAGAAACUUAAGUUGGGAAAACCCGAACUUAUAAGCAUGGAUAUAGUCAUACCUUCUGGAGAUGUCAUUAACGUUUCUAAGCUAUAUAGAGAUGUUUUAGUGACUAUAGCAGGGGUAGAAUUUCCUUCAGACUUAAUUGAAUUCGAGUUAGAUGACCUAGAUGUUGUUAUGGGAAUGGAUUGGUUGGGAAAUUCAAAGCCCAAAUAG